AUGGUCGUCAACUCCUUCGCCGAUCUCGACGAGGGGAUGAUGAUUAACCAGGGUACCUCCACGUCGAGGCAGCCACAACUCGGCUUCCACUCGAUCCACGGCCAGAAUCUCAUCCUCCAGGCGAACACCCGGAUCGCCCGGCGGAAGGAGAGCUUCUGCAAGGGACUCGCUUUUAGUAAUCGUCCUAUUGGAAUCGAUGAGAUCGUAUGCCUUCGAUUGACUGAAGUGACGAUGAACUGGUCGGGCGUGAUGCGCUUCGGCGUCACGAGCGUAAAUCCGGAAGUGUAUCGAGGCGGAACGAUCCCAAAAUUCGCUUGCCCCGACCUCACCAACAAGGAUGGGUACUGGGCCAAGGCGGUCCCGGAACGAUAUUCAGUCGAGGGCAACAUGAUUCACUUCUACGUCACUGAAGCCGGAGAACUGUUCUAUGGGAUUAAUGGAGUUCAAAAGGGCAUCUUCCUGACCAACAUCAACGUCGACACACCCCUCUGGGCCAUGGUGGACAUUUAUGGCAACUCGGUGGCCGUCGAGUUCGUUGGUGGG